AAACCACUUUAGCAGGCCGUUGCUGGCUGUUGUGUCUGUGCACAAGAUCCAAAAUUUGCCGUUGCCGUGGCGGCUGCAUGCAGCAGCAGCGACUUAGUACAGCGCGAGGGGCGCAGGAACGGACGCCAUGUGCACGCAAACUGUGAUAUGAGGUUCACGAUUGGUCAAUUGAAGUUCGUUUGCGCUCAACGAAAAGAUUUGGAAUCAGCACGAAAUACACGAAUCAAGAGGAGAGAAGCCGCACCUGAAGCAAUGGCCCCGCUUCAGACAUCCUUCCACCAACUGUCGCGACACUGACUGAUCUUCAUCUCCAGCAUCGACUGUAGUCAUCGUCAGUACUCAGCACCUUCAACAUGUCAGUUACCGAUAAAUUCAUCCAGCAGAUCGAUGCCAACAAGGCGGGCUUGAUCAAGCGCUUGGCAGAUGCUGUCGCCAUCCCAUCCGUCUCUGGCGAUGCUCGCUACCGCCAAGACGUGUUCCGAAUGGCAGAUUGGCUGGUCAAGGAGCUCGAAGCUUUGGGCGCCAAGACGGAGCUGAAGCCUCUCGGCAAGCAAAAGCUCGACGGCAAGGAGAUCGACCUGCCACCCGUCAUCUUUGCAGACUACGGCACUGACCCGAAGAAGAAGACCAUCUUGGUGUACGGACAUUUCGAUGUGCAGCCUGCGCUCAAGUCAGACGGCUGGAACACCGAGCCGUUCGAACUGGUUCACGAUGAAAAGACUGACCGUCUGUACGGCAGAGGCAGCACUGAUGACAAGGGCCCUGUCCUGGGCUGGAUCAACGUCAUUGAGGCGCACAAGCAGGCAGGCAUCGAGCUGCCAGUCAACCUCAAAUUCUGCCUCGAGGGUAUGGAAGAGUCCGGAUCAGAAGGUUUGGACGACCUGAUCGUCGCCGAGAAGGACAAGUUCUUUGCAGGUGUGGAUGCUGCGUGUAUCAGCGACAACUACUGGCUAGGCACGAAGAAGCCUUGCCUCACCCACGGUCUGCGAGGCAUCAGCUACUUCAAGCUGUCAAUCAGCGGUCCUGGAUCAGACCUUCACUCUGGUAUUUUUGGAGGAAUUGUGCAUGAGCCCAUGACCGAUCUCUUCCACAUCAUGUCAUCUCUGGUGACACCUCAGGGAGAAAUCUUGGUCCCUGGCAUCAAAGAGCUGGUUGACCCCUUGACGGACGAGGAGCGCAAGCGCUAUGAGGUCAUGGAGUUCGGCGUCAAGGACAUGAACGAAGCUACUGGCAGUGCGACUACAAUCAGUGACGAGAAGGAAGGCAUUCUUAUGGCGAGGAUGAGGUACCCCAGCUUGUCGUUGCACGGGGUGGAGGGCGCUUUUUAUGAGGCUGGUACGAAGACCGUCAUUCCAGCGAAAGUUAUUGGCAAGUUCAGUGUCAGGUUGGUGCCCAGCAUGACUCCUGAUAAGGUUGCGGAGCUGGUCAUCAAGCAUGUUCAGUCUGAGUUCAAGAAGCUCGGAUCCAAGAACACUAUGAACAUUGAACUCGCAAACGCAGGCAAGCCUUGGCUCGCGGAUCCGAACCACUGGAACUACGCCGCUGCAAUCAAGGCCACGGAGAAGGUGUAUGGCGUUAAGCCGGAUCUUACGCGUGAAGGUGGCUCCAUUCCUGUUGCCCUGAGCUUCUCGGAAGUGCUUGGCAAGAACUUGCUCUUGUUGCCCCUGGGCAGAGCAGACGACGGUGCUCACUCGACCAACGAGAAGCUCGAUUUGUCCAACUACGUCGAGGGCACGAAGCUGCUCGGCGUGUACCUGCACGAAAUUGCAGCGACCGCUUGAUCACGCGAGAAGUGUAUUGAUCACGGACCGAAUUUGAUGAAAUUACCUGCU